ACACUUUCAUAAAUUUCUAUUCUAAAUAUCUGUUAAGCUCUCAUACUGCAUAUCUUUAUUGCUGGGUGUGCAUGCACACGUUAACUGCAAGACUAAAUGUAUGUGGACACAUCUUUCUAAUGAAUGUGUUUGGCUGUUUAGGCUAACAUCCAUUAAAAGGUGGAUAAAUUCAAGCAUGCAGCCAUGCAGUUUUCUUAGAUAUUGUUAGUGGAAUUGGGUGUAAAAGGAUGACAAUGACAAUGCAAAAUGUGAAGUGUUUGCUUGCGUACCUUUACAUGUACAGUAUGUGGGCACACCUUUCUAAUGAAUGUGUUUAGCUGCUUUAGCUACAUCCACUGACAAGCAGAUAAAUUCAAGCAUGCAGCCAUGUAGUUCAGAUAUUUUUAGUAGAAAUGGGUGUAAAAGUAUGACAAUGACAAUGCACAAAGCAAGAGUGAUGGUGGAGGUGUUCAGUAAAACACUGCACUUUGCAGUGGAGAAGAUGAAGACAGAGAUUCUAAAGCAGCAGAAAAGAAGCCUAAAGAAACAGAACCGGUUACAGGAGCAGGCAUUUAAAGACAUGCAGAGAACCUAUGAUGAGCAUGUGAAUCAGAUCAUUCAUCAGAUGGAAAGAGAGCAGGACAGAAUGAGAAGAGACAAUGAACGAGUCCUGGAAGCCAAAAUGAGAGAAAAUCAAGCUCUUCUAAAGAUGGGCUUCCAAUGGGAGGCUGCCCAGAUACAGAGUGAGAUUAACAGCCUGAAAGCAGACAUGAAUAAAGAGAAAUCAUCACAACACUCCAUAUUGGGCUGUGUUUUGAAUUGUAUCGGCACUGCAACAACGUGGCUCAUGCCAGGCUUCACCCCUAAACUGAUUGGUGUUGGUAUUUCACUGGCAUCAAAUUAUUUUUGAAUACAAGCUUAUUCACACACACCUAAACAUAUAUAACUUGAAUCAGAAUUACUAUCCUCCAGCAGUAUGUCAUUGCUUUAGUCAGUGAAUUAGUCAACUCAAUUCAUAGGCAUUGCUUACUCAAAAGAUGCCAAUUACGUUGAAAGCCCAUUAUAUUAACCUCUAAGCAAGAAUCAACAUUUGUCAUGAACAAAGCUGUUACCAAAGUGAUCAGUACAUGGGCCCUUUGUAACUUUAAGCAAUGUAUGCACAGAAUGUUAUAUUUUGAUGUAUAUUUUUGUUAUAUUUUAUUUCUUUACUAUGUGAACACUACUGAUAGACCUAUAUAUUAACCAGGCCGAAGAACUGGCUGAUUAUCAUUGUCAACUGAUAACUGUGUACAGCUGACCAAUUAACAUUAUUAAUAGCUCGCUAUAAUGUUAGUGCCAAAAUCUAUCAACAGCACUUUCAUCAGAUAAUAAAGAGUUUGUUUUUAA